AACGGCGGCGUGCGCGUGGCCUGUGUGCUGCUGUGGUGGGUGGUCGAUGCCGCUGGCGGCCGCUGUGCCGGUCCGGGGGGGCGAUGCUGCCGAGGCGCAGCUCGCUGACGGGGCUGGCGGUGGGGCUGUUCGCCGUCUACGUGGCGCACACCUGCUGGGUGAUGUACGGCAUCGUCCAUACCCGGCCUUGCCUCGCUGCCGGGCGCGACGGCGAAGGGAACGACGGCUGCAUCCGGCCUUACCUGGCGCGGCGGCCCAAGCUCCAGCUAAGUGUUUAUACCACUACACGAUCAAACAUAGGUACUGAGAAUAAUAUUGAUCUGGUUUUGAAUGUGGAGAAUUUUGAUGUCGAGUCCAAAUUUGAAAGAACAGUUAAUGUAUCUGUACCAAAGAAAACACGAAAUAAUGGAACAUUAUAUGCAUACAUAUUCCUUCAUCAUGCUGGAAUUCUGCCUUGGCACGAUGGCAAGCAGGUGCAUAUAGUUAGCCCUCUGACUACAUAUAUGGUACCUAAACCAGAAGAAAUCAAUCUCCUCACAGGCGAAUCUAUCACUCAGCAAAUUGAAGCAGAGAAAAAGCAAACAUACGCCCUAGAUGAGCCUGUUUCGCAUUGGAGGUCCAGGUUGACUUUAAAUGUGAUGGUGGAAGACUUUGUGUUUGAUGGAUCCUCUCUCCCAGCCGAUGUGCACAGAUACAUGAAAAUGGUCCAGUUGGGCAAGACGGUGCAUUAUCUUCCAAUAUUAUUUAUUGAUCAGCUGAGCAACAGAGUAAAAGAUUUAAUGAUAAUAAACCGUUCAACAACAGAGCUACCACUUACAGUGUCAUAUGAUAAAAUAUCCUUGGGAAAACUCAGAUUUUGGAUCCACAUGCAAGAUGCUGUGUAUUCCUUGCAGCAGUUUGGCUUUUCAGAGAAAGAUGCUGAUGAAGUAAAAGGAAUUUUUGUGGAUACAAACCUCUAUUUUCUUGCUUUGACAUUCUUUGUAGCAGCAUUCCAUCUUCUCUUUGAUUUCCUUGCAUUCAAAAAUGACAUCAGCUUCUGGAAGAAAAAGAAGAGCAUGAUUGGCAUGUCUACAAAAGCAGUGCUUUGGCGAUGCUUUAGUACCGUGAUCAUAUUUCUUUUCCUUUUGGAUGAGCAAACAAGCUUGUUGGUGCUGAUUCCAGCUGGUGUUGGGGCAGUGAUUGAGCUUUGGAAAGUGAAGAAAGCAUUGAAAAUGACAAUUGAAUGGAAUAGCCUGAUGCCAGCAAUUAAGUUUGGUGCAUUUACCGAGUCUGAAAAGAAGACUGAGGAGUAUGAUACCCAGGCCAUGAAAUAUCUGUCAUAUUUGCUGUACCCAUUGUGUAUUGGAGGUGCAAUUUAUUCAUUGCUGAAUAUCAAAUACAAAAGCUGGUAUUCAUGGUUAAUUAACAGCUUUGUAAAUGGAGUAUAUGCUUUUGGAUUUCUGUUUAUGUUGCCGCAACUCUUCGUAAAUUAUAAGAUGAAAUCUGUUGCACAUUUGCCAUGGAAGGCAUUCACUUAUAAAGCAUUUAACACUUUCAUUGAUGAUAUUUUUGCUUUUAUCAUCACAAUGCCAACAUCUCAUCGGCUGGCGUGUUUUAGAGAUGAUGUAGUGUUCCUGGUCUACCUUUACCAAAGAUGGCUUUAUCCUGUGGAUAAGAGCAGAGUAAACGAAUAUGGAGAAUCUUAUGAAGAGAAGCCGAAAAGAAAGCCCCACAAAGAAUGAUUGAAGAUGACUCUAGGAGCCUCUUUGGACUGAUACUGGCUGCAUAUGUUAUCUGACUUUUAAAAAGAGACUAAGCAAAAGAGUAUUCUUCAAAGCUUGUGACAGAAUUUCAUGGACAAUAUAUCAUCUGCAUUGCCAAAAUAUGUUUUGAUUGCCUCUGGAUCUAACUAUCUUUUUUAUUGUUAUUAUUAUUUGGGGUUCCAAAAGUCUGCCAAUAUUUCUGCCAGGUUUCACACAAAUGGUAAAAAUUUUGAAUUUCUGUGAAAGCUUCUGCAUAAAUAUUUGUGUCUGUUCUACUUAAUUGUCUUGAACCUUCCACCAGUUGGCAGUGAAGUAUAUGCAUUUUUAAGGACACUACUGAGGCUAUGGGAAACAAGCGUCUACUGUGAAUAAUUACGAAGGUUUUUGUACUCUUUUGGACCAAUCCCGGGGUAUGAUCCACUCAAAGUUAAGCCCUUUUAAGUCCCAUAGAUUUCAGUUGAGAGAGAUUUGAAUACAUGUUUAUCUCAUCCUCUGAAAUCAGGUAGGUUAAAAAAAUAAUGUUUGUUUGGCUGGAUUGUACCCUGUUUUAUAUUGCUUUCCCCACUAUGAACAUCUUAUUUUUUAGUCUGAAGAUGUCAACUGUGCUUCUCAUGGUGAAACUAGUUAUUACAGCAAAAUUGGGCAUUGUUACUGAAAUGUUAUGAACGUAUAAAGGCAUGCACUCUAAGCUGUAUGUACCAAACAAUUCUAAGCUGACACUGGACACAGAAAGCUUGUAAUGUUUUUUAAAAUACAUUUUUAAAUGGCAGAGAUUUAUUAGCAUAAGUCCAGCUGAGCACGUGCAGAGAAUAGUAUUCAGUAGUUAUUUUUUUGGUACACAGGGAAAAACACUUUCCUUCAGCUGUAGAGCUGGAACAUCCAAAACUGGAGUUUUUGUUCUAAGGCGAGAGCCAUUACACUGUAGUCAAAGACAUCUUUUAAAAAGAAUGUAAAUACAUAUUUGCAUGACACACUAUUGUGCCAAUUAUACUUCGGCAGGGAAAAUGUAGACCUUUUUCUUUCUGUAUUGAUAUAAAACAUGAUGACAGACAAAGGAUUUGAAGUAACAGGUAGUCAGAAAAUGAAGGUAUCAAGAGAAAUUUAUAGAGGACAUUGUGUUCAAAAACUGCUGGUAAGGGAAAUAUAACUUUCCAGUUGCCAUAUUUUUGGGGGACAUGGGGGUGUAACGUUUUACAACUACCCUUUUUAUAAAUUUGGAUGUAAUAGUUAAUUAUUAACCAAAUAAUCUCACUACAUCUCUUGAAAUAUAAUUUAUUUUAAGCAUGUUUAAAAUGCAUUGAAAAAAGAUCAUUUUAUUCCGUGGCAAGAAAUUUAAUAGAGCUGCAAUCCUACAUGUCUUGUUUUGAGGCUAAUCCUGUUUAAGUUCCAUGGGAUUUUUACUCCCGGACACAAAUGGACGGGGUCACAGUUUUAGUCUCCCAAACUGUAACUCUUUGACCACUGCACUACAAACAUGGAGUUCCUGUGCAUGCAGGUGAGGGACCUCUGUGUGCCAUUAGACCACUUGCCCACCCCAUCUGUAAGGGAUCACUGGAUUGGGAGCAUAAGGCUGCCAUCCUGUACCCAGCUGUGCAUGCUUAAGCCCAUUGACCUGAAUGAGACUUGGGCAUGCUUAAUGGUGGCAUUUGUUGCUGAAAGGUUUGGCAUUCAAUAUGGCUGAAUAUGCAUGUGUGUUUUCCUCAUUAUAACACUCCAAAACAUCCACUGGUAUUUCAUUAUUAUAGGCCAUAUCAAUUUGCUUAAUUUGGAGUAUUAGGGUAGUUUACUGACAAUGGUUUCGAUCCAGCUAAGCUAGUCAUGCUUUAAUUCCAUUCAAAUCAAUGGGACAAAGUUAGUCAUGAUUGAUUUAAAAAUUCAAAGGGAGUAAAACUUGACUUAGUCUGAAUCCAUCCGCCUAUCCAGUAGUUUUUAAAAUGACAAUAUUGGCAACCCCCCUCCCACCCAACACUGGAUAUCUUAUGCUAGCUUUACUUUUAUUUAGCUCUGUAAAGCAGAAUGUACAUUAUUAAACUGGGAGAGAAAGUUGGCAUGAUCUAUCCAAAAUCAGGUACUUCUAGGUGCAAACUAUAAAGAAUAACCUCUUGGCAGAAAUACUAAUACUACAGAUUUCUUUGUCUGAUUGGUGUUUAAAAAUACAGAAUAUCAGUGCUUAGCUGAAUAACUUGCAGUGCAAAUAUUAUUUGAUUUAAAUGAACAUGUUUUGUUUUACAUUUGAAUGAAGAAUGUAACUGGUAACAUCUAAGUGUCCUAUCAAAGCAGACACCUGGUUAGCCUCUCAUCCAUUCAGUAAUCUUUUUUCCCCCUUCACUCUAUGUACAAAUAAAUGUUUAUGGGUAUA